AUGAACCCCUUAAAAUGUGCGUUUGGGGUAACUCUAGGCAAAUUCCUUGGCUUUGUUGUCAGACAUCGAGGAAUUGAAAUUGAUCCCUCAAAAAUCAAGGCAAUCUGUGAAAUGCCUCCCCCUCGAAAUUUAAGGGAGUUGCGAGGGCUACAAGGGAGACUAGCCUAUAUACGACGAUUCAUCUCAAAUCUCUCUGGAAGGUGCCAACCAUUCUCGAGGCUCAUGAAGAAGGAUGUUCCGUUUGUAUGGGAUCAAGCAUGUCAAAAUGCUUUGGAAAGCAUUAAACAAUACCUGUUGAAUCCGCCAGUUCUUGGGGCUCCAAUUAAAGGGAAACCUUUAAUCUUACACAUUGCGGCAUUAGAACGCUCGUUGGGGGCAUUGCUCGCCUAA